UGCAGCGUUAGCGGUUAGUCGACCACGUGCUGCGUAAUAAAACAGUCGUGUAAUAUUUAUCGGUGUAUAAACAUGCCCAAUUUAAGUAAAAAAGGUGCUAGAAGCAAGAAUGCUCAUGCGGGAAGAGUUCGGAAAAGAAAAUACCAAGGAAAUCAAUUCAGUGUGGAAUGCGAAACAGAAUACGUCAGCACAUCGGCGAAGAAAUUGAACAAUACAAAUUACGACGAAGUGAUCAUGGAUGUGAAUUCAAAUUACGUUAUCUUGCACUUUUUAAAUGUUUUUACGUUUCUCAGUGAGUUUGUAAAGUGUAAAACUUAUAAUAGUGACAUUCAAUUUAGGAAAACAAAUGGUGCAGGUGUUUCUUUCAAGUUAGUGACCGAAUGUUCUUGUAAGUCUCGCUUUUGCUAUUCUAGUCCAACCGUAAAUCGUUUUGCUGAAAUAAAUCAUCGUCUGUUUGCUAUACGUUUGCUGGGAGGAGGACUACAGAAUUUAAAAACGUUCUACGCAAUGUUAGAUAUAACAGCAUCAUUUAGUAAUAAUAUUUACUAUACUUUCAUGGACAAUUUGCAUGCAGCAUCAAAAGCCAUUUUCGAGAAUUUUCAGAAAAAAGCAAUAAGAGAAGAAAUCGAAAAAAAUACUGCAGCCGGAAAUGAGCAUGACAUUUAACUGUUUCGGGAGACGGCUCAUGGAAAAAAGAGGAUUUUCGUCACUGUUUGGUCUUACUAUACUGAUAGGAAAGUACACAAAUAAAGUAAUAGGUGUUGUGAUCUGCUUAUUGUCAAUCGUGCGCUAAUUGGAAAUCUAAACAAGGUUCAAUCGAAUAUGAUUUAUGGAAAGAAAGUCACAACGAUGUAUGUUCUGCAAACCACUAAGUGUCGGAAAAAUAGAGGUUGAUGCGGUAACCGAAAUGUUUUUACGUUCGAACGAAUUGCAUGGCGUCAAGUACGAGUACUACAUAGGCGAUGGAGAUACGAAGACAUUCAAGAGCAUUCAAAAUCUUGCACCUUACGGUGAUCUUGUCGUGAAAAAAAAAGAAUGUGUGGGCCAUGUGCAGAAGAGAAUGGGGUCCCGACUUCGAGCUGUAAAGGAAAAUACAAAGGGCCUUGAUGGUAAAGGCGCUGGAAAAUUAACUGACAAGAUAAUUUCUGAUUUGACAAUAUAUUAUGGUUUGGCUAUUAGGAGAAAUCCAGAUUCAGCAGAAGAUAUGAAAAAUGCCAUAUGGGCUGUUUUUUACCAUAAUAUUUCAACAAAUGACAAACCGUAGCACAUGUACUGUCCGGCGGGCAAAGAGAGUUGGUGCAAGUAGCGCGUGGCUGAAGCUCACGGUACUCUUAGAUCAUUUAAUCACAAGCCUCCUCUCAUAGAAAAAGUUCAAGAUGCAAUAAAACCCGUUUUCGAAGCUUUGUCCUCAGAUGAUUUGUUGAAACGGUGUACCGGAGGUAAUACUCAGAAUUCGAACGAGUCAACGUUUGUGUAUGGAAGCUUGCCCCGAAACAUCUGCAUUGCGCUGCAAAAUCCGUUGAAAUUACCACUUAUAUAACCGUCAGUUUAUUUAAUGAAGGUUAUAUUACUCUCUUAAAAAUCAUGGAUUUAUUGGGAAUCACCGUUGGACUUGAAGCGAACAACUUUGCUCAGAUCACAGAUACUACGCGUAUCACUGCAGCUGAAAACAGUUUGACAGACCAGGCAAAAGCAGCUGCAUUAUCGAAGAAAGCCGCCCAAAUCGCUGAAAUGGAGCAGUAUGAAGUCGACGAAGGAUUGAUGUAUGGCCCUGGAAUUGCUGAUUAGCUAUAAGAUGACAUGAACGUGCUGUGCGAUGAAGACCGUUUGGGUACCUUUUUUUUCAACGUGACGUUCGACGGCGUAUUAACA